AUGAGUCCCCUGGACGAAACGGCCGAGUAUUACUUGCCAAAGCAACGCAAGCCACACAAGCAACACACCAAGUCAAAGUAUGGCUGCUUUGAGUGUAAAAGACGACGAGUCAAAUGUGGCGAAGAAAAGCCAUACUGUAGUCACUGUGUUCGGCGUCGUAUGAGAUGUAAAUAUCCCGACAGACCGCCGCCCCUAGAGCCUCCAUCGCCAUCGAGCCAGGCCGACUCAACUCCAGACUUGAAUCAACAACACGGUUUGACGGGUUUGAACUCAAACUACAGAACAGUCCUUGUCGGAUGUACCUCUCAGAACUCGUCGCGAUCGGACUAUUGUAUCCACGACAUGGCCCUCCUCCAUCACUGGACUAUUGCGACAAGCCUCGAGCUAUUCAAGGGUGAUGACAAACACAACUUCUGGCAGAUCAUGGUCCCACAGACGGGAUAUGAGCACCCAUUCGUCAUGAACGCCAUUCUCAGCCUGGCUGCAUUGCAUCGAGCAUAUCUCAUUCGACCAGACAGCCAUCAUCACAUGGCAGACGCCGCCGUUCACCAUUCAAAUGCUCUAAGAGGGUUUCAAGAAGCCCUGAGCCAUGUGAGUGACGAGAACAGCGAGGCCUUGUUUAUCUGGUCAACUCUUAACUUGCUGUACGUGUUUGGCAUCUCGGGGAGACUGAGUGACGGUCUGGAUCCUCAUCCUAACUCCCUGAGCCGCAAAGACCGUAUGCUCGGAGUUGAAUGGAUACCCAUGGUCACUGGCAUUCGAACUGUGGUGAAGCCAAACCACAAGACCCUAAAAGCCGGUCGACUUGGAAAGUUCAUGACCGUCGGCAACUGGUGGGAAAUGGAUCCAGACGCAAACCCCAACUCUGAAGACCAGCAUCUCUGUGAUCUGCGGAGUUGUUGGCAUGGUUCUCCCGAUGCACCGACCUACCAAGAGGCCCUGAGGAUACUCAGGAAGUGCAGGCUGUUCAUGGCCCGGUUCUCGGGCGACGGAGUCGAUCCGCUUGAAGAGGCUGGAUUCAGCCGGCUUUGGUCAGGGCCAUUGCUCUUUAUCAUUUUUGCUCCCCAAGCCUACUUGACUCUUUUGCAUCAAAGACAGCCCCCAGCCCUGAUCCUGUUUGCAUUUUUCGGUGCACUGUUACACGAACUGGAUGAUUACUGGUUCCUGGAGGGGUGGGGGAGGGAUAUUGUCGAGGUUAUUGACGACCUGUUGGGGAGUUACUGGAGACCCUGGAUUGCAUGGCCUACAAAGGUUGUCGGCUUGUGCUAA